AUGGCCAGCAGCCUCUUGAACCUUUUCUGUCUUGUUGAUGGAGAGGGUACGUCCAACGCGUUUUCUGUCAAGAUUGCCUCAACGGACACUGUUGAUGACCUCAAGAAACUCAUCAAGGCCGAGAAGACCAAUAACUUCAGUGAUGUCGAUGCAGACCAGCUUACCCUCCGGCGUGUCUCAAUCCCUGUUGUUGCAGCCAACAAACACAACCCGAUUGUCCCGGAAUGA